AUGAAAAUGGAAGGUAAGUGAUAUCUCCUUUAAUAAAAUCUGAACUAAAGCGCUCUUCGAUUGAGUAUCUUAAAACAUAAAAACGGGCCAAUCAGAAGGAAGGAAAAUGCCUUUAAGAGCCAAUGGGAACUCAGUGCAAACAACUAAACUUCUUAAAGCGCGGGAAGACGCGGGAAAAUGCCGGCAACCCAGUCGUGAUCAAAGCGGGUAAGUUUCCAUAGAAACUGUAGUUCUGCGUCUCUGGGAGAGUGUAACAGGGUAAUUUAUUAUUAUCAACUGAUUUGAUAAAGUAAAUUGGUCACCGUAAAGAUUAUCAAAGCUGACGUUUCAUGCGUUAGCCAUUUCGUCAGAAGACCAAGUCGUGAUUGGUUUUAUUUUUCAUCUGAUUGGUUGAGAAAGGGACGUGCGUUUUCUGUACUAAUCACAGAGCGAGGUAAAGCAAAACCGAAGCAAUCACACUUGCCUAUUUCUUAAUUUUUUUUAUGAAGCCGCUGGCUUUCUAAGUUUACUUUCAACUACUUUUCACUCAGAUAUCGAUGAAUGCAAAAGUGACAAACCGGUCUGUGACGUGAAUGCAAAUUGCAUCAACACCUAUGGCUCAUAUAAUUGCUCCUGCAAAGAAGGAUAUACUUGGGAUGGACGAUCAUGUUUAGGUAAAAACGAAGUGAUUUUUAAUUGCGCUUACUUUUUCGCUUCAUUUAAUAAAUAGAUUAUGCGAUGCCGUGUGCCUGCCAAAUAAUAUAUUACAGCUUACGUGAAAAUGGGGUAAAAGCAAAAGAGCGGUACACGAAAAGCGGCCGGGUGAGUUACCGAUGUUCUUACCACAUGUUGACGUCUUUUGUGAUCUAUCACUGGACAGAAACAUAGUAACAGGAAAUAUAUUUGUUUGAUACGAUGAAAAAUAAAAUUUUGUUAAUGGUGACGUCAUCUAAGCGUCUUCCUUCCGAUAGACCAUAUAUAAGAAUCAAUCAAAAUGCGUGUAUAAUUCGGCUCAUCACAUAAUAAUUUAGUUAUCAUACGAUACUUCUGCUUAAGUGGUAGACGUGUUGGUGAUGUGAAUGGAAACUGCACCAUCACAGGUUUUAAAACAAACAUAAAAUUUUCUAUUUUUUUUUUUUUAAAAAAAGCUCUUCGUCAUCCCUCCGUAUCGUUUAUGCGUCGGGUUUAAGUAGGCGACCAUUUUUUGUUAUCCACCACGCAGUGAAACCUCAAGUACGAUGGUUGUUCUCAACCUGAUAAACAUAUCUUCCCACAGAAACUCAGCAUAGGCAAAAGUUAACGCGAGUUACAAAACUGCCGAAAAGAUAAGAUCAUUGGAGAAAAUGCGUAUUGUUCUUGCGACAUUUAAUUACAGCAGAAACUAACUUAUAGAGCAGUGAUAUUAGCAACAAAACGUGUACUCGUUGAUUUUUAUUGCACGAUAUUACGCGCGUUUUCUUCCGCAUGGAAUACUACCCUAGCUCAUUGACUUAUUUAGGAAGGAGUGACGGGGGUAGAGGAACAAAUGCCUCUUAAAUCGUAUAUGCUCGAGCUUUAUGCUCGAGCUUUAUGCUCGAUUUCUCUGAAACUCCUGCAAUCAACAAACACGUUACGUCAUUGCAAACCCAUGAUGGUUUAAAAUUUGAAAGUUUCAAAUCAUUAAUCGUAAGGAAUUCCGAACCGAAAUUCACACGUCACAUGACAAUAAACCUUAUUUACGACCACAAUUGCCAUUUCAUCUUCUAGCCGAUGCAUGUUUCCACUACAAAAAUCUGAGUGACGCUACAAGAAAGAACACAUAUAACACAAGCCUUGACGUCUAUGAUGACGACAAACUCCCUAUGGGCUGGUACCGUUUUAUGGGAGCCGCAGGAACAAAAAUGCCAACAACGUGUGUUCCAGAAUUCAGAUGUGGCACAUAUUGGUCGGGCUGGCUUAAAGGUAACCAUUCUACAGUGGAAGAUGGUGAAGUAACUAGGACGGUAUGCUUUACAAGAGGUUCCUGCUGCAGGUAUACAGUGAAAAUUUCUGUGAAAAGCUGUGGAUCCUAUCAUAUAUACAAACUCUUUGCGCCACCAUAUAGUAAUAUGCGCUAUUGUGGUUCAGACUGA